UGGAGCAAGACGGGUUUGCGUUUUCAGUGGCUGUUACAGCGAGUGUUUUAGAGAGGUGGCCAUAACACCGUUCGUUUCUUUAUAAUUUGAAAUUGCCAAGAAGUUGACAGCCGCAAGUAUGCAAGCAGAAUCAGGUAUAGUUCCCGACUUCGAGGUGGGAGAAGAGUUUCAAGAGGAACCAAAAACGUAUUACGAGUUGAAGAGUCAGCCCUUGAAAAAAAACAGUAAUCCGUUAGACCAGCAAUGCUCCUCUUCCAAGCCCCCGUUGGGCUCUUCCACCAUGACAUCACGAAUCCUGCUGCGGCAGCAGUUGAUGCGAGAGCAGCUCCAGGAGCAGGAGCGGCGGGAGCAGCAGAGACGUCAGGCCUCCUCCACCUCGCUGCACCACCAGACCACCGACGGCCACAUCCACACCCAGACCUCGGCCAUCAACGUCAGCGCGCCCCCCAGCCUUCCCCCCGCAUCCCAGCUGCCCAUGGAGGUGCUGAAGGUACAGACUCACCUGGAGAACCCCACCAAGUACCACAUCCAGCAGGCCCAGCAGCAGCAGGUGAAGCGCUACCUGGGCAAGCUUGGCUCCCUGCCCUGCCCCAACCAGUCCUCUGACCACAGGGGCAUGGCUCUCGGGCCGGGCAACAGUGCCCCCAACAGCCCCAUGGCCUUACUCACCCUCAACAUCAACUGUGAGAAAGAGAUGGAUGAUGUCAUUGAUGACAUAAUUAGUCUGGAAUCGAGUUAUAACGACGAUAUCCUUGGAUUAAUGGACCCAGGGCUUCAGAUGGCCAAUACGAUCGCUGUUAACACUAACCUCUUGGACAUUUAUGGUAACCAGGGCAUGCCCCAUCCAGGCCUGGCCAUCAACUCCUGCCCUGCCAACCUGCCCAACAUCAAAAGGGAAUACUCAGUUUCCCAAUCUCCGGCCAUCAUGCACAUGCUGGACAAGUCUGGAUCGUGUAGCAAGUUUGAGAACUAUCAAAGGCCUGAAGGAUUUCCUGUAGAAGCAGAGGUCAGGGCAAUGGCAAAGGAACGACAGAAGAAGGAUAACCAUAAUUUGAUUGAGAGAAGACGGAGGUUUAACAUCAACGACCGGAUCAAAGAAUUGGGGACCAUGAUUCCAAAAACAAAUGAUCCGGAUAUGCGUUGGAACAAAGGCACCAUUCUCAAGGCGUCAGUGGACUACAUCAGGAAGCUACAGAGGGAGCAGCAGAGGGCCAAAGAGCUGGAGAACAGGCAGAAGAAGCUGGAGCACGACAAUAGACACCUGAUGCUGCGGAUACAGGAGUUGGAGAUGCAAGCUCGUGCCCAUGGUCUGACUACAGACACAUCUGUCCUCUGCUCAGCUGAGCUCUCAGCCCGAGGCAUCAAGCAGGAGCCAGCCCUGGGAGACUGCCACCAGGAUCUGUACCAUGUCCACCCCCAGCACCAACACCACCCAGCCUGCACUCCAGACCAGGUUCAGUACACCACCUUGGAGCUCAACGAUGGAGCAUCUCCCUACACCAAGGGCCAUAGGGGAGUCUCAGGUGACAUGGGGCCUUACGGCGGUCAUCCUAAGGGGGCCUUGAUGGACAUCCUGAUGGAUGACACCUUGUCCCCUGUGGGAGGGGGAGACCCCCUGCUUUCCUCUGUCUCGCCCGGGGCUUCUAAGGACAGCAGCUGCUCAGGCAGCAAAAGCAUGGAAGAGAACGACCAGAGCUGUUAGCACUCACUGCUGCCCACUCCACUCACCUGCAUCUUUAUCUCCACCCCUUCAACCUGUUCUAUGUUGUGUUGUGUUGAGGCCUCCUCAGACGUCUCCCGUCAGUAGCUAACUUCAGCCAACUGCUGGUUAGUUAGUUCGUUUGUUUUCAGGUGUUUACACAUAUUACAUUUUUCAUAGUUAUUUUUUUUUUUGUUUAUUAUAUGGUAUCAUUGGGUUCUGAAAGCGGUCAAACUGAAUUUUGUUCAGUUUCUCUUAUGUAUUGAUUAUAAAUUACUUUUUAAUAGUUCAUUUUAAUAGAUUAUGCUCUGAUUUUAUCAAUACUUUUAUGACAAUGAGUCAGGGAGCGAUAUCUCACACAUACUGUACCUGUGUAUAGUCAUCAUGGUAUAGGGCAUGCUUAUAAUAGUUAUAAAACCCUGAUUGAUCAGCUUAUUGCUUUAAACAAAAAUGCAAUUCCCUCGAAGUGAAAGCUAAAAAUUGUAGUUUAAUAUAUUGUUGGUGUGUUACACAGUCACACUACUUGCUUUAUAGCAUGUCUAUUCAGCGCAAUAUGACAGAAGCGAUAAUACAUUAUUUUGAUUACUUUUGUUUGUGCUUUACUUUUGUGCUUUUAAACUUGAAUGAGAUAACGUCUUAGUCAGGAGAUUUGUAAACAUUUCACAUAUAGCACAGAACAUAAUGUCAGUCUACCAAUAUUGGUAGAAAUGCAACAUUGAUUUCCAUACAGGCACAUUUGGUUUAUGAAGAUAUUUAUGAUAAUAAGAUUGAAAUGUAUUGCAGCAAAUACUCACUAAGAAGUGUAUCUCUUAGGAGGAAAAAUACAUUUUGUUUUUAACUUGUCCAUUUUCUAAAUUAUUAUUGUUUUGUUGUACACUUAUUAGGAUUUGCCUGUCCAUCCAUUUCGUGUUUUAGAGAUAUUCAGGAUAUUUUUUUCAAUUAUGUGAAUGUUUAUAUUGCUAGGAAUAUAAGGAGAUGUACAUGUAGAAAAUUGUUUAAACACUGGAAUGACGUCCAUAAAUUGAUUUUUUUUUAAAUAUAUAUUUACUAACGAUUAUAUUUAGGUUUUUCAAAUUAUUGAUUGUAGUUAAAACUAUAAGCUGUACUGUUAAUGUAUAUUUCUGCUGUUUAACAACUGUAGGAAAGUACUCAAAUAUGCCUUUGAUAAUAACUAUCUACUGUACAUUACACCACUGUAUUGAGAACAUGGUUACAGUGCACCCUCAAGUCUGUGGAACUAUGCAAUGAUUACAGUCGUGCCUGUUUUACCCAGAAGACAUUAGACACAUUAGGCUGGUCAUAUA